UCUUCGCAGGUGUCUCUUUCCCAGUGCCAGGAUUGGAAUAACUGGUAAAACAGUCCUUGAGCUCCCUCGUGUCCUCUGGAUCCAUAGAUUCUGAAUAAAUUACUUCCUUUCCUUGCUUCUUGGUGUGUGCAGUUGAGUCAGGGUUGUGUUGAAGAAGACAGCAUCCCUACCUGUAAAUCCACAUUCCCUCAAAGGCUCCUUGACUCAUGGAUUGAAACCUGUUGCUGAGAGAGAAUUUAAUUAAGGAACUGGUCACUCUGGUGUAGGUCCUGGCUGGCAGUUCAGAAAGCUGGGACCUCCUUCAUCUGGUGUGGUACUACAAAAGCAUUGCAGGGAUUGCAGAGGAGCAAAAAACCAUUUAUUUCUUGUUCUUGCAUCACGGCCUUGCCUUUGCCUGUGUUUGUGGAAGAAGGGACACCAAUAAAGCCAGGCUUUCAUUGGGCUUUGGUCAUUAACUGGCAGAGCUUUGUUUGCUUGAGCUUGAGCAGAGUCUUCAUUCGAGGUCAGCUGUGGAGUGCUGGAGCACAGGGAUCACAGAGUGGAGUCGGGAAUGAGGAAAUUGAGAGUUCAGUUCUCUGGGCUGUUCUGGAGCUGAUCAGGAUGUCCAAGAUGCAGCAGAGUGUGUUUAUUGCUUGGAAACCAGGAUACACAGCUGUCUUUUUCCACUCCUUGACAGAGACCUAUAAGUUGGUCCUUCAGGAUGUUCCCUCUUUUCUGUGCCUGUUUGUGUGCAGGUCUUGUCUUUCAGAUCCAGUCUCAGUAACUAAUGGCUGAGGACAGGUUUCCUUUUCCUUCCAGAAGCCAAAGGGAGUCCAUGGAAAAGAGGGACUAUUCUGCCCCCAAGAUUUUUCAUUUCUUUAGUAGAGAUCUUCGGCUGGUAAAUCAGGGUCUGUUGGCUGUGUGACACUGGUUGAGAAUGUGGAUUUCUUAUCGUUUGUCUUUUUGGGGAGAAUAAAAAGACAGUUUUCUGGGACUGCUGUGCCCUGGACCUGAAUCCUGUUCCCAGAUCCUCAUCUCCCUGGAUUUUGGCAGUGGGUUAUCUCCCAGUCUGCUUUCUGCCAUGUCAUUUUGCCUUUUUGUCCCCGUUUGUCAGGCUCUGUGGCUGUCCUGCAGCACAUAAGCUGAGUGUUCUUGAUUCUUCUCCUUCUCUGCAGCCUUUUAGUGGACAGCCACAUCUUCCAGCCUGCCUGGGAGCUUUUCCCCCCUCUGCUGUGGGAUGUGUUGGCCAUGGGGAGCAGCUCCGGCUCCGGAAGCGUCACUGGACUGGCCAAGCCACUUAAGGCUGCAGGAAAUAACAUAAUUAAUGAGACUUAGUUCUCCCACAUCUUGUACCUGACAAUCUCGAGUCACUUGACAAUGCUAAUUAAAGCUAAUCACGCUCCUCUGUUUUUAGUAAAUAGCUAUUAUCCCUGCUUCACUCUUGCUUUAACAAAUGAUAGUGCCAGGCUCUGUGAGUCACUGGAAGUUAUGGGAAUGCAGCCUGGUGGAGCUGCCUUCCGGUCUCCUCACCAACAGGUCCAUCUAGAGAUUGGUCUUUUACACCUGCUCAGGUGGAGGAUGUUAAAAUGUGAGAUGUUUUGCUGACUCACAAAAAUACAUCACUUUUAAUCUCCUUUUUUUUUUCCCACUGCUGUCGUGACUUAUACAAAACAAAACCCCCGCAGUCAAGCAAAGGCUACUAAGAGUUCCAAAAGCUGAGGAUGCUUUGAAUUUGCCCUUCAGAGAAGUUUUUGAUGUGCUGAGGGGGAAGGCAGAGUGGUGUCACUUCUCCUGUUUCACAUUGGCACCGGGAGGACAGAACGUAGCGUGGUGUGACCUGGGCAUUGCACGGCCCAGCCGUGGAGCUCCAGAAGAAACCUCUGAGGUUUCACUGAUGAAAUAUGGCUGGAGCAAGAUGUUACUAAAAACAAACUGCCUGGCAGCACAAGCAAAAAUAAAAGAUGGGGUUAAUUAUUAACUGUGGGGAAAUAAGAAAUCUUCACGGGAGUCCCAGGAACUCCCAGCUCAAACACGCGUCAGUUCUGUCACAGAACUGCGUGAGGUGUGUCAGUUCACCUGCCUUGGCAGGCUGAGAGGAUAUCCAGGAGGAACUAAUGACAAAACCUGGCAAGGUAACAGCUGACUUGACCUUCUUAAACUAGAUUCAGUUAUAAAGUGUCUGUCAUGUGAAGACCCAAGCUCUAAAUGCUCACCUGAUUUUGCCCCCUUGACAUAUAAUGCUGUUGAAGAGAAGUGAGAAGGGUUGUGGCUGAAGUGCCACAGAGCUUGUCCCUUGUGGAUGCAGGAACUGUUGCAUUAGAAGUGUUCCUGGCAGAGGUGGGUCAGAAUUCACCAUUUUAUCCUCAGCUUUACUCAGAGUCAGCUGUAGCAGGGUAGAAAAUAAAGUUACUGCCUGUCACGUGCGGGAUGAGCUGCUGGGCAGAGCAAGGCUGGGUUUAAGAUGCUCCUGGGAAGAACUCUCUGAGCAGGUGGGGUUUGUGGGCAGGUGAAAACUUGGGAAUUUGGCAAGGAGAGCUUGUAGUAGUGAGUCAUGACAGGCAGCUCUAGCAGUCCCUUCUUUAAUGUCUUUGAGGAUAUUGGAGUGAUCCUUGCAGUAGAUAAAUGCUCUCACUGUGUUCCCUGGCUUUAUCAGGGAGAAAUGGAUGAUCCAUCCUGCAGACCCAGGUAAUUGAAUCCUGGUCAUACCUACGUUUGCCAGAGAGGGAGAUAAUAAAGUGAUCUGAGGAACACCACAGAAAGUGCAGUGAUAGGGGAUUUAUUUGGACAGCCAGACUGUUUUGCAAUUAAAGCAAAUCAAGCUGAGAAGUGGGGAUGAUGAAAAGCAUUUCCAUUUUGUCAGUAAAUGAUCAGUUGGAUGGGAAGAGCUUUUCUUCUCUGCCUUUAGUUCAGGUUGGUGCUGGAACAGCAAGGCAAGGGUCUUGUUUCAUUUGUAGAAUGCUCUCUGUGUGUGAAUCUGGCAGAGUCCUUGUCUGGGGCUCCAAAUGUGACCUUCACCUUGGACGUGGCUUUGUCCAGCACGAGGGUGGCUCUGAACGGAGGAGCUGCAGCUCAGCUGAUUCAGCUGCAGGCUCUUACCCCUUCCCGGGGCUGCUGGGGCUUUGCAGAACGUAGAGGAGGAAAUGGAGUCACUUGUGUGUUAAAUUAGCCCAGCCUGCAGCUUUUAUUUGUGGCACGAGUGGGAUUUGCUGGUGGGAGCAGACGGAAGCGCCGCCUGGUUCGGGAUCGCUGCUUCUCCAGGAGCCUUCUCCUGCCGUGUUCGAGCUCUGGAAUGGCCUCUGCUGGAGCUGGGCCCUGGAUUCGGCUGGAAGCACCUGGAGGUGGGCAGCUCACAGCUGUAAUCUCGCCCUGCUGCUCCUUAUCAGCAGCACAGGCUCUUCUGCAUUGCAAAGAUAUCGCUGCCAGGCAACUGGGGAGAGUGGGAAGAGAAUUCAGCCAGAGGUGUCAGUCAUCCCUUGGAGAGGCUGAAUCUUGCAGUCCCCGCUCCUGUGCUUUCAGAGACAGGCCUGGAAAAAGUAAUAAAUUAUAAUCUUUCAAUAAUACCUUUAAAUAAAAAAAAGGUUUAAAGAAACCUUCUGUAAUAAACCAUUGAGCCAGGUGAUGUCUGUCCUAGCUUGUGCCGUGCCUUUUUCAGAUGAAAAUGUAAAGGAAAGGCUUUGAUUAAAAUAUUAUAAAGGAUUGUUUCCUUUCCCUGCCUUCCCAGGGCUGUCUGAUGGUGCUUUGGGCUGUGGGGAGAGAUGAGUGAGCAGUUCUGACACUGAAUGGUCCAAGCCCAGCCUUAGGCUGUGAAGAAACUCAGAAAAUGCUCAUUGUCACCUGCUGUCUGUAGUCAGGAGCCAGAAAGAAGCACCUCUGUAAGAUCUUCAUGAGUUAUUUUAACCUGUUCUUUCCCUUUCCAGUUGGCUGAAUGCUGUAAUUCACACAAGAAUUCAUGCUUGGAAUGCAGGAGCCUUUUGGACUUGCUUCUUGCAUUUGGGAACCUGAAAAUGCACUGGUGUGGGCUAUUAAAAUAAGUGAAACUUUUAAAUUUGAGUUAAUCUCCAAAUUGACAGAACCUAAACCAGUUAUAUAUAAAUAACCAUUUAAAAAUGGUUUUUAAUAUUAAUAAAUUUAUUGGGUUUUUACUGGGUUACGGUGACAAAGCUACACAGACUUAAACACAAUUCUAACCUGAAGUGAGUUUUAAAAUUUGCUCUUUGUUCCUUUUAAGUUUCACCUCAUUUCCCUGUACUUUGCAGGUGACCUUUAGAGGAAGCCUGUCCAUCAGAGACACCCAGGGGGGUUUGCUGUGGGGUGCUGUAUCUAUUUUUGACCAGAAGAAUUGUGAUAGACGUGGAGUGAUGAUCUUAAAGAGGGAAAAAAGCCACCAAACCCCAGCCUUUGAGAGGUGAUUAACAGAACCAGCCUGGCAGUUGUGCCGGGCUCGGUGCUGGGGUUUUUCCUGCCGGGCUGGCUGUGGAAUGUGGAGCACGGCAGGUGCAGCAGGGCUGGCACCCUGCCCGUCCCGGAUUCCCUGUGGCCGGCAGGAGAGGCUGGGAUCGCCUCCUGCUGCAGCUCUUCCUCAUGCCCUCUAGUGGUUUCCUGGCAGGUGUCUGGAAUGCUGUUUGCCAUCAGCAUCACCUUCAUCCAUCCCUCCAUCCCCUCUUCCCCAACACCAUGAAGUGCUUCCUCACAGUGGUGAAGAGAUCUCACUUGCUAGGAGACACCCAGAGGAGGAAAAGGGGUUAAAUGUUCUUAUUUGUGUUGUAAUUGUGUCCUUGCAGCUGAUAAAAGUCAGUGCAGAGGGUUCCUGCUGGCUGUUUUGCACAUUUUCUCAUGUUCUCCUGCUUCCAGGGUUUGGAGGAUGAGCUGAGGUGUUAGAGAAGGACACUCAGGGAUCAGUGCUGAGCUCUUUGCAGUGUCACCUUAGGGUUUGAAACUGGUGCAUUUCAGAAACUUGAUGCUGAAGGAGCGAAGCACAUUGUGUUCACCCAUCUGCUGUUUCAGCUCCUUUCUUGGCUUCCCCUUGUGUUGUUCCCUGGUUAAAUUCAGGAUGUUCAUCCUUCCACAAGGUACAUCCCACCCUCCCACCUUCAGACGAUCUGCUUCAUCUUUCCCGGAGCUGUGGCUCCCCAGAACUGCCCCAAACCAGGAGAUUUUGUCACCAUCAGAGUAUAAAAUGUUCUUUUAGCAGUGCCAGAUGCCUCUGAGUGUCCAACACCUGGCUCUGAUAACUCCUGUUCCACAGGGAAGCAGAACAGGGCAUCAAACCCCAACUCCAGUUAGAGACCAGCUUUCCUUCAAGCUGCAUUAAGGGAUAUUAAGGCAGUUUUUGUCAAGAAAACCCUGGUAAGUGGCUGUGUUUACCUUGAGAAUUUUCUUAGAAUCCUGCUCAGAGCCUGGAGCAACCCAGUUUAGGCACAGAAAACUCUCCAAACCCAAUUCUUCUUAUGUUUUCCUUGCACUGGGAAUCAGCACAUCUCAAACUCUUUCUAUAUUAAUGAAAGAGACCCACCAAAGGAGAAGGGUUGGGUUUCCAAAUACCUGGAUUAUUUCAGAGCUGCUGCAAGCAGCUUUCUGUAGCAUUUGCUAUAUUCUAAUAAGUAUUUCACAGGCUGAAGUUUAACUUAAAAUUAAAUAAUCCAUUAAAAAAAAAACCUCUCAGCCCAAACAAACCUGUUGUUUGUCCUGCCACAAUGAACAUUUGCAUCUGGGCUGCAUUGCAAAUGGAUUUUAUUCAAAAUUAGGCUUGUGUGUGAAGGUUUUGUUCUCUGGCAUAUGGACUUGUACACGCAGUGGCCUUGUCUGGCAAGUGCUUGGCACAGACUUCCUCCCCUUUUUUUGUGUUUCCUGAAUGUCUGACAGCUUCGUGUGGGAAGUGGGUGUUGGACACCCACAGGUGGAGGGGUGGAUUCUGAACCAAAAAGUUGCCCAAAUGGCAAAAUGUGUGUGGUGGUUUUUCCAUCAGGAAGCUGAUGGCUGCUCAGAACUCAGCAGGACAGCCCAGCACACCCAGAGCAGGCAAGCAAAACAUUCAGCUGAUUCUUUCACUGAUAACCCACAAUAAAUGAUGUUGCAAGUUUUUUCUUUAGAAUGCCUUCCUUUUGUCUAAACCAGCUUUCUGACUUGUUGGGCAUUAAUUAAUAGGCACAAAUUUCUCUUCCGUUGGAUUGAGUGAGUGCAUCCCAGAGAUAAAUUUCUCUUGAAUGAGAAAAGAGCAAUAAUGGAUGAUGUUGGUGGUGACAGAUACUCAUCUCUCUGACAGUACUGGGCAUGAUGAUAAAGUGAACAAACCUUCUUUUGUUCUUUUUUAAAGUGAGUGGAAUGACUCCAGUGCUGCCCACUGCCUGCGAUGCUGAUGAACAUGAGCUCAUCAUUCUGAAAACCAGAGGCACAGCCCAAAUUCAUCCUUAUGCCUUUGUUCUGCAGCAGAACAAAUGCACUGGUAGCUGGUUUCUGUGAAAUCCCGUGCCCGAAUCCCUUCCUCUGGAGCAUCACCAGCGUGUGGAGCCUGCCCCACACACCCCUCCCCUGCCAAACCACGGCCUUUACCUGCGUGUUCCGCUGUUUCCCGUGCGACCCGUCCUGCGGGAGCGCCUCCUGGGCCACCCCCGACUUCAGCCAGCGCUCCGUGGCUCCAAUGGUGAAGAUGACAAGGUCCAAGACUUUCCAGGCGUAUCUGCCUUCGUGCCACAGGACCUACAGCUGCAUCCACUGCAGGGCUCACCUGGCCAACCACGAUGAGCUCAUUUCCAAGUCCUUCCAGGGCAGCCAAGGACGAGCGUACCUCUUCAACUCCGUAGUGAACGUGGGCUGUGGCCCUGCAGAGGAGCGGGUGUUACUAACAGGACUGCACGCCGUGGCAGAUAUUUACUGUGAAAACUGCAAAACCACGCUGGGCUGGAAAUAUGAACACGCUUUUGAAAGCAGCCAGAAGUAUAAAGAAGGCAAAUACAUCAUUGAACUAGCUCACAUGAUCAAGGAUAAUGGCUGGGAUUGAGCGCAGAGCCCAGCCCUAGCAGCGUGUAAGAGAUGCCAUCAACCGAACAUUGUAUCCAAGAGUGAGAGAGUGACUGAACGCUUGGUUCCAUGCAUUUAGAGGCUCUGCAAUCCAGGAGCAUCUUCACACCCUUCUCCAUCUUUAUUGGUGACUGGCCUCUAAAUUUCUGUCUCUCUGUCUCUUUGCUUUGUAUCUGUUUGUGAGUUGACCCUGGCUGCUUCUCUCUCUGUUCUGGCGUUGGCUCAGAGAAUGCACCGAAUGCCCGACAGCCAUUCCACGUGCCCAGUGCUGAUCCAGCCCGGCCGGGCUCUCCUGGCACCUCCCAGCCGGGGCAGGAGCACCCCGAGGUGCGGGCAGGAGAAGGUGGGAGAGGGGUGGGAGAGUGGGGAACCAUCGGAGGGUGAUGCUGUGCUUCUCCUCUCAGUCCUGGCUAAGCAAGGCUUGAAAUUGAAACCAUCUCCUUGUCUGAAUGGACAGAGAAAUAUCUCCUUGUCUAAAUGGACAGAGAAAUGUCCACUUGUCUGAAUGGACAGAGAAAUGUCCACUUGUCUGAAUGGACAGAGAAAUGUCCACCUGUCUGAAAAGGACAGAGGAGUAUCUCCUUGUCUGACAGGACACAAGUUACCUCACGGCCGCGUUUCCUCCCCGAAUCCAUCGGCGGAGCCUCAGCCCGAGCUGGCUGAGCCCGAGGCAGAGCCAGUUCCCCCCACAGCCUGGGUUUUGUUUGCUGUUUUCCAGCUCCAGGGCUGGAGGCUGGAGGGAUUCCCUGCCUCUCCUUUCCCUCGCUGGUGCAGGGUAGGGAGGUAGGUCCCAGUGGAGCACGGCCGUGGGGAGCGUCCCCGUGGCUGGAGAAACCAAAUCCUGACCCGUGAGCCCUCCAGAGAGGAGGAGAAAACCACUUCAGGCACAAGGAGGCUGGAGCUGCAGUCUAGAAAAUGUGGUGGGGUGAAAAAGGCACGUGUGAGGCAAGGAGGGGGGAAUUCCACAGAGGAGGAUGGGGACAAACAGUGACAGAGGGUACCCCUGGAUUUCCUGGCCUCCCCUGAGCACCCUUGGCGGUGUUGUACCAAUCUUUCACAAGUGCAAGGAGGAAAAUGCUGUUACAGAACCUUUUCCUUGGAUCCCAGGCUCCACUGGGGGAGCCUGGCACAGAAAUGGGGCGAGGAGGGAGCCGAGUUGCUGGCAGUUGUGUGGCACAGGUGGAUAUUUCAAGCCCUGAGGUGUCCUCCCCAAAUGGCCCCCCCUUUUCCCACUCCCAGCAGCCCAUUGCAGGCACGGGGAGAAUGGGGAAGAAAAAAAGAAAUCAAACAUCUUCCCACCACCCCUGGAAUGAUCUAUGCCUUGAGGGGUGGAUGUGGGUGUCAGAGCUGCAAGGGACAACGAGUCCUUCCCAUUUUUGUUUUUCCCUGGUGAUUCCUGAGCACCUCCCGAGGGGGAUGGUGGGGAGGGGGUGUCCUGUGUGACAGGGGAGCUGUGCCAGGCCAAAAUAAAAGGAGAAGUUUGCUCUGCAGCAGUCCAGUAGCUGGUGCAUAACCCAGGACUAUUGAGCUGAGUUCGUUUUGUCUCUCCCCGAGUGAAUUUUUCCUUUUGUUGGCAGAAUUCUUUCAAGUAGGUUAAUCCACGGGGUGGGGAAAUCUUCCUUAAUCCAGAAGGAAAGAGUGCUGUGCAGGGGUGGUGACUCCUUAUGAAACAGAAGCUUUGGAGCUGCAGUCUGUCAUCACUGGCCCCCACCCCCAGAGAUUCCAGGGGGCUGUGGAGGAGUCAUUUGGUGCUCAGUUGGCAGGGAAUGGGAACAGAGACUCUCCCUAAGGAUCAGGGUGGAAUUUAGGGUUGGAUCCUUGUGCUGAAAGCCAAGCCUGAUGAAGCAGAGGUUGUUUGUUUUCUCUCUCAAAGCUCUGUUCUUGACAGCCUUGGAGAAAUGAGGUGGAGUUGGCCGGGCUCCCACAGGGGAUGGAGUUUGUGACCAACCUGUCCAGAGGUGGCUUCUGCCCUCACCCUCCUGCUCUGGCUGUGUAACAAUUGCUUCAGCUUUUGUUUUGGAUUGUCUCUGCUUCUGCCAGCCACAUUCCCUCAGUGGCAAAUCCAGUAAAAAUCAAAAAUUCCACAGCACCUGCUGUCUUGUGGACUCUGGCACUGACCUGGUGCCAUUUCCCCGUCCUUUCAUUGAGGAUCCAUGGCAAUUUAUUGGGUUUUGACUAGUGGGAAGCAACUCCUGUUCUUCAAAGAGCUCUUUAGUCUCCACAGAGCCUUUAAGGGAGCUGGGAGAGGUAAGGGAUCAUCCCAAAUCCUGUGAGGCUGGCAGGAGCACACAGGGCUCGUGGUUUGAUGUUGGUAUUUGGAGUGACUGCUGAUCAAGAAGCAAAAUAAAGGCAGGGCUGUGCAGAGAACUGCUCUGAGAAAUACCAGCUCCAGAGAGCUGCCAGGUGGAAAUGGUUGUAUCCAUUCAUUUGGGAUGAAAAAGGACAAUGCCCCAUCAGACCUGGCUGGUUUCUGCUGGUCACAGGUGUUGGGCUUUUAGUGACAACUGCUCCAAGCUUGAAUAGGGCAAGGUCUUAAUCUGCUUUUAAUUGGUUUUGUGCUGUCAGUCUCUGCUCAGAGCCUGGCCCCGAGCCCUGGUGGAGCCCAGUGAGUGUGGCUGUGCCUGUCCCCAGCACCCAGAGAGCUCCCUGGGGAGUGGCUGUGAUGUCCCACACAGGUGGGAGAGCAGAACUGGGCUUGUGCAGCUCCUGUGUGUGUCCAGGGAGCAGGAGGAGCUUUAGCUGGCUGCCGAAUCCCCUGGGAGCUGGGGGCUGGCAGGAAUGUGGGAUCUGUGCUGGUGACACAGAGUGACACACUCAGAGAUAACCAAAGAACUUCCCUGCUGAGCUGAGCCAGGUGGGGCCUUUUCCCAGGAGAAGUGGAGAUGUGGCCCAUGGAAGCUGCUUGAGCAGGAGGUGCUGCUCUCCAUGGCAGCAGCCUCAGGAAAACACGGACAGCAGCGAGUUUUCCUCCUUUUUUUGGUGUCCAGCCUCGUGUCUGGGCAGCUGUGAGCACCCUUGAGUUUACAUCCCCCCCUCUCUACCCUGAAGCUCAGACUUGAGUAAGUUUUAAAUUGUUUUUUGCUCUGGUGGAUUGUCUGGUGUGAAAUCCUGACCCCUGUAAGAAAUAUUCAGAUGAUAAUAUAUACAAAGCAGAAAAAGUAACCCCCAGAUGUUACCUUGUGAAAUAUACUUUUGUAAAUAAUAUUUAAUUUUUUUUAAAGAAAUAAUAUAUUUGGUGCUGUUUUCUCAGAGCCCCUCCCUGAGAGCACUUUUUUUUUUAUUGUUGUUGUUUAUGAUGAUCCUGUUUCCUUCUGUAUUUGUUGGAAAAUAUGUUUAAAGGGAAACAAAAAUCAUAAUUUACGUUGUCCUCUGAGGUGGAUCCGUGUUUCCUGUGGACGUGGCAGGGGAGGGGACUCCCAGCUGGCAGGUUUGGUGGCUGGGCUGGGGACAGCAGCCCCCGGGGGGGGAAUUUGGGCUGCGAGGGGCUGCAGGCACUCAGGAGGGCUCCGGUUCCCCUCUGGCUUUCCCUGGGGCCCAGAUCCCCUUUGCUCCCAGCAGGAAUCCCCCGGAGCCCAGUGGGGCUGGGAUCCAGGCCUGGAAUUUCCCCUGCACGGUGUGGGCUGGGGUGCAGGAGCUCGGGAGCUGCAGGAGCCGGGGCUGGGCAGCAGCUGCAGCCUCAAGUCGCUGCUGCUGGGGCAGCAGGAUGGAGGAUGGAGCUUUGAACCCAGUGUUGAUUUUCACCUAAACCACAAAUCUUUGGAUCCUGGUUUUAUUUUUGAGGGGAGGUUUUUUUGUUGUUGUUGUUUUGUUUAUUUUUUUUUUAACCAGGCUGCUACAUAACAAAUUAGAGUAAAAGUUUACCUCUCUUGGCAGUAAAUUCAUUUAUUUUGUUCUCCUUUCUGUCUUUAAUCUCCCCCCUUCUCACCCUCCUUCGUUUUUAUUUCACUUGGUCUCUUGUUUAUCCCAAAGUGGACCAACAGCACGAACCCCUGGGCUGUGUUUUGCUGAGCUGCUCAAGAACUGUCGCAGGCUCUUUCAUUCUCUGGGUUUGGAGCACUUCAAACCCCACGGGGGCAAAACCAACCCUGCGAGACAAACCCCGAUGUUCUCCUGAUGAUCAAGUGAGAAUUCUCUCUGUGUGUGCAUUUUUCUGCCUGCUCUGUGAGAGUGUGUGAAUCAUGCAUUUCACUGCGCUCCCCUGCUUCGGGAGGAGCUUCCAGGUGAAGCAGUUCUGGGAUGAAGAGGGGACACCAAACCCCAAGCUCAGCUCAGUGGGAAGGAGCUCUUCCCACCACGGGAGAGGCCUCAGUGCUCAGAAACAAUCAGGUUAGACAGAGAUUUUCUGCAGAAAUCCUGGUGAAGAAGAACAAGCAGAAGAGGGGAAACGAAAUCAUCUUGAAUUCAGAAAAAAAAAAAAAGUAAAAUCAAAGAUCAACAUAUUUAAAUGCAAGCAGAAUGGCAUUGUGUAAGGUACAACCACAAAUAAGCUGUUCUCAUCGUUACAACUGUGUGUAUCCUUUGUUUUGUUCUUCCUAAGGAAAUGGGAAUGCUUUCCCCACUGACAAAACUAAGGACAAUGUUUCCAAUACCAGCCUGUCUAUGGAUGCUCUUGUGUUUACAAAUUGUGUAUAUUUUUAUUUCUUUGAUCGUAUUUUAAUUUUUUUUUUUGCAUAUUCUUUCAGGUCAUUUGCUUCAGUCAUAAAUGCAAUUGUUUGUUUUCAAAUAAUUGGUUUUCACCUUUCCAUGUAUUUGUACAUUGUAUAUAGUUCUUCAGUAUUAGAGGGAGGCGUAUUGUUUGUCAUAUUUACAAUAUGUGUUGGUGCUCAUUUGAGAAAAUAAAAUUUUCCAGUACUAAA